AUGGCGGUACUGGGAAUCGACUUCAAGGAAGUCAGUCUUUGUUACAAGCAGUACUCAAUGUUGUGGAAUAUACAUACACCCAGGCUGGCGCGGAUCGAAGAUCAGAAGCACACAGGCUUCGCCGAACCACAACGCGACGUCAUACCACUAGACCAUACCACCGAUUGA